CUGACGUGUGUUCCUGUGCGUUUGAGUGCAGGAAGUUUUUAAAGGUUGCUGGUGUGCUUUAGUGUCAGACGAUGAAUUACGUGGGUCAGCUGGCAGAGACGGUUUUUGUGACUGUUAAAGAGCUUUAUCGAGGACUGAACCCUGCCACGCUCACAGGAGGAAUCGAUGUCAUCGUUGUUCGUCAGCCAGAUGGCAGUUUCCAGUGCUCGCCUUUCCACGUGCGCUUCGGAAAACUGGGAGUCCUUCGUUCCAAAGAGAAAGUGGUGGAUAUUGAGAUCAACGGUGAGCCUGUGAAUCUGCAUAUGAAACUGGGCGAUAAUGGAGAGGCGUUCUUUGUGGAAGAGAAUGAGGAUUUUGAGACCAGGGUUCCUGCUCACCUCUGCACCUCUCCGAUUCCCACUGACCUUCCAGAAGUUUCUGAGUUUACAGAAUCUCCCCCCAGUGUCAACUCCUCCAGUUACCGGAAGAAACGGCGCAGAAAGCGGGCACGCUCCGACACACACCUGGAUGCCAUGUCCUCAUCAGAUGAGAAAGAAAGUUUAGACCAGGAUGUCCAUAAGGAGGAGUCGCCAAUGGUGAUGAGUAAGUCUAUAUACUACUCAAUGUCAGAGGAACCCAGUGAGGAACCUCAGAGCAGAGAAGUGCAUCCUCACUCCGAUGGAGAAUGUUCUGUCAAUGAGAGUGUGUUCUACAGUCGCCCUCCGUCUCCUAAGAGCGAUUCAGAAUUGUGUAAGACGCAUGAGCCUUUAGGACCUCAGAUGCAAUGGAACUGGGGUGCUUUUCCCAAGGUGUGCCAGGCAGAGAAAGAAGAAUCAGAAGCCCAACAUAACCCAACUUCCCCCGUCGUGCCCUCUGACCACUCUCACUUCCGGACAAUCCACCGUCAAGCACCAUUUGACAUUGAGAAUGCAGAUUCCCCGGCGACAGUGGUGCGACCAGAACCUCAGAUUGGAACAAACAGCUCGGUUCCUUAUGAAGUUGUCCAUUCAAGUAACACACAGCUGGACAACUGGGUCGUCGAAACGCAUGGCGUGACCUUGCAGUCUACAGACGAUUCGCAACCCUGGACUGCAGUGGAGAUCACAGACAGAGUUAGAUGUAUAGACAAUAAAGCUGAAACAUCAACCACACCAAGAAACACAAUCCAUGAGACCGAUCCUGCCAACAGCCCUGCGAGUACCAUAGUUCCCAUAGAGAGUACAGAGACCCGUGAUAGUAUUGUCUCACAUGACUCCAAAAGUCAGGCAAGCACUCGUGUUACAUUUAGCGAGGGGGACGGUGUUAAAGUUUUAGAAGCAGAAACUGUCAUAAACUCAGUUGACUUGAUCAAUUCCGCACCAAAGCCUAUUGCCCAAAGCUCUCAAGACGACUCUGGAGAGCCAGAGGAGGAGGCUGGGCUGGAGCCUUUCAUGACCAAUCAAAAUGCUGAAAAUGCUGUGUUGACGCCAACCCUGGAGGCCAUAAUCAAAUCAGAGGAUCAGAUGGUUCUCGCUGAGUCCUCGAAAUCAACAGACCCUCAGGACAAGAGGAAAGUCAAGCGCAGUCAUCAUUUGGGACCAUCUGACAUCUAUCUUGACGACUUGUCCACUCUGGACCCUAAUGUUGCUGCUCUCUAUUUCCCAAAGAGCGAGCUGGAGUCAUCCUGCUGCUCUGACCUGGAUCCUCGCUCCAGCCAGCACCCGGAGCCCUCUCCUCCAUCACCUCAAUCACUGAACAGCGCCAAUGUAGACAGCGGCACAGAAUAUCUGUCCGACUCGACGACUGACACGCUAGAUGUGACUAUGUCCCUGUGCGGGCGAGGAGAUAUCAGUCAGAUCAGUAAAGAAAAGUUUAUGCAGCAUCUUGUGAAGUUUCAAGAUUUUGUCAACAACCCUGGAAUUGUUGAAGACCCAAACCUAGUCAUCUGCAUCAACUCAAAAUAUUAUAAUUGGGCUGUGGCUGCUCCAAUGAUUUUGUCAGUUCAAGCUUUCCAAAAGAAUCUACCAAAGAGCACCAUUGACAAACUAGUCAAAGAUAAGAUGCCAAAGAAGUCCGGCCGCUGGUGGUUCUCCUGGAGGAAGAAAGACAUGAACAAUAUUGAGAGAAUUCAAAAGCCUGAGUCAGAGGCGAAUCAGCCUAAAGCAUCUGCUUCCAGCACUGGACCCACUUCACUGCAGAAGUCCUCUAUUGAACUCUCGAGUGAUGAAGACGGUUCUGUCUCCAUGAGACUGAAGGCUGCAAGUUUAAACAUGGCACAGUCCAUUAGUCAGAUGUAUCGUAAAUCUCUGCGGCUAACCUCUGAACAGAUAGAGAGUUUGAAUCUGCGUGAGGGAGCCAAUAAAGUUGUUUUCAGUGUGACCACACAGUACCAGGGCACUUGUCGCUGUGAGGCGGCCAUUUACCUGUGGAACUAUGAUGACAAGAUUGUCAUCUCGGACAUUGAUGGAACCAUCACAAAGUCAGAUGCGCUGGGACACAUUUUACCUCAGCUGGGGAAAGACUGGACUCAUCACGGCAUCGCCAAAUUAUAUCACAAAAUACAGGAGAAUGGCUACAAGUUCCUGUACUGUUCGGCUCGAGCCAUAGGGAUGGCAGACAUCACUAAGGGUUAUUUACUGUGGGUCAAUGACAGAGGUACUGUUCUACCUAAAGGACCAGUGCUACUGGCUCCCAGCAGCCUGUUUUCUGCAUUACAUAGGGAGGUGAUCGAGAAGAAGCCAGAAGUUUUUAAGAUCGCUUGUCUCACUGAUAUCAGAGAUCUCUUCCUCCCUAGCAGAUGGCCCUUUUACGCUGCUUUCGGCAACAGAACUAAUGAUGCUUAUGCAUAUAAGGAAGUCGGUGUACCAGAGACUCAUAUUUUCACAGUGAACCCAAAAGGAGAACUUGUACAGGAAAAAACCAGAGGCAACAAAUCCUCCUACUCUCAUCUCAGCGAGCUGGUGGAUCAUGUCUUCCCCUUCCUCUGUAAAGAUUUUACAUCAUCCUUCGAAUGUCCCGAGUUCAGUCAUUUCUCAUACUGGAGAGAACCAUUACCUCCGGUGGACCUGGAUACCCUGAACUAGACUCAACAUGCAUCUGUUCGUUUCCUAGCACUGGUUCAAUUCCAAGCUAAAUCAUAUCUGCUGAUCAGGAAUCGGUUGCAUGUUCUACUGUCUCAAUAUUUUCUUAAUGCUUAUGUAGAGCCAAAGUAAAUGAGUCUGUGCAUUGACAGACACCAUUUGUCAGAGAUUUAUAUCUGUACACAUAUCACCCACUGAGCCUACAUGAAUACAAUGCAAAAAUUACAUUUUUGAAGACAGAUUAAUCAUAAACAAUUUAACUAGAUUAUAAUCCAGUUACAAUGGGAAACACUACGUUUCACCUGCUGUCAAUAGAAGUUCUCAAAUACUCAGAAGUGCUAGUUUGGCCUCUGGAACUCUUUGCCUUCACAUGUAUGUGCACUUUAACUACAUUAUCAUCAGGAAGCUUUGUGGGUCUCAUGAAUGUAUUUUUCAUUCAAGUUCUCUACCAAAUAAUGGCCAAUACUGCUUUCAAAUAUUUUUUGUUUCUUAGUAUUUAAGUACAUCUUUUUAAAUAUUUACUUCUUUGGACUGGUUAUUGUAGGAGUGUUCAUUUUUAUAUACUGUAUACAACUCAAUUGUAAUUUUAUUUAUUUAAAGCAUCUACAUAGAGCUAAAACAAGGACAAUCUGGUACAUAGGCCAUUUUUGUUUAAUAAGAUGUUGAAACAAUAAAAUCAUUUGUGAGAUUA